UCGGUGGAGGGAGGACGCGGCGGCUGGCGGCACCGGCACCCACGCUAAUGGUGUGUGAGUGUGUGUGUGCUCGUGCUGGAGUGUGUUCCCUAGAGUGCGUUGACCUGUGCGCGCUGACGAACCACGCGAGUGUGUGUGUGUGUUGUUGAUCUGUGGUGAUCUCCCCAGUGUUAUGACGGCCUGACCCCUCACAGUGGAAUUUAUAUUUAUAAUUUUAAAAGUGUUAGAAACUAGUGUCAAAGUUUCUGUGGAAAAGUUGGCCGUGUUAAUGACUAUUAAGACAAUCAAGAACAGCUUCACGGUGGAAGAUGUGAGGGGGACAUGUCUAACGCUGCUCCUCGCUCCUGCCUCAAGCCGCCACUGAGGAACCCGUGGGUGGCGGAGGACGGCGCGGACAGCAGCACCUCGUCUGGGCAGCAGCAGCAGCAGCAGCAGGCGACCCAUGACGCCCACGCCCACGAUGUCCUUGCUCACCAGUAUGCGACGCCCUACCACCCCACCACAUCCCACACUGCGGCCCACCCCAGCCUCAGCGUGGCCCACUCCACCCACAGCGUGGCUCUCUCUUCCCACAGUGCGGCCCACCCGACUCACAGUGUGGCCCACGCGACCCAUAGCGUGGCCCAUCCCACUUACAGUAUGGCCCAUGCCACCUACGGUGCGGCCCACCCCACACUCAGUGCGGCCCACCCGGGUCAUUGCAUCAGCGCGGCCCAUCCUGCGGUGAGCGUGGCUUGGGCCGCCCACGGCGUGGGCCAACACACCCACACCACCCACGGCGUGGUCCACUCCCACACUGCCCAUUCCCUCCACAGCACCGCCCACGCCUUGCCCACAGCCGCCCACUCCGUUCACUCGGUCCCCGGGACGCUACAGCAACCAUGGGUUGACCCACAGAUGCUGUGGAGUACCCCGGCCCUCCCUGGCAUGGGUAGUGCCCCCGGGGGAGUGUUCACUGUGGGGGGAGGAGCCGAGGGGUCGUGCCCAGUGCUAGCUGCGGGGAUGUGUGCCCAGCCCCACCCCACACUGCACCCCAUGCACCAUCUCCCACCCGGUGGAGGCGGGUCGAGCGGGCAGACGUCGACCAGUGGUGGGUGGGGCGUCCCCCCUCCCACGCUCCCUCCCCAGGCAGGAGGUGUGGGCGGAUGGGGUGUGGGAGGACGAGCCCUGGCCGAGGGGUCGCGGUGUGAGAGAUGUCACUACUACUGCUUCAGGGCGGCGCAGGCGGCCUUCGUGGCGGGCAUUGUCACCGGCUUCUCACUCCUGGUGGCGGGCGGCGUCUUCCACAGGCAGCACGUCGCCCAUCUUCAGGUCCUGGUGUACAUCGGUGCCAUGGUCUCUCUCGUGUGUGUGGUGCUACUGGUAAUAUUCUGUGCCAUGAACAGGGACCACAGGACUAGACGCGGUGUGUCAGUGCGCUAUUCGGGGCCCCAAGUGGUUGUGGGGGACCCUGAGACUAUGCCCCUCAGGGGCAUAGAUGUUACUAACCCUAUAGUGAUCCCCUGUGACCAUGGUCCACGCCCCGGGGAUGGGGGCCCCAGUGUGGAGCUUCUCCAUCAGACCAAUCAUAGCUCGUGUAUGGUCCCACCGCCGGCCACUCACGGUGGAUGCAUCGUCGGACCAACCAAUCAAAGCGUGUGUUUCGUACCUCAAGCCAAUCAUAACGCUGGUAGUGUAAAGGGAUCAUCAGCCAAUCACGGAGGUGUGGCCGCGUCCGAAGCGUCGCAUCACAUCUCACAGGCCAGACAUGCUCCCCAGAAAGUUGACGAGGACUGCGAGGCAAGUCAACGCUACAACCUCCUGUGGAAGCAAUCUAGUAAAGCAUCCUCGGAAACGGCUUCCAAACUGUAAAGGAUCACUCCAUGUUGCUGAAUAACCGAGGGCAUUUAUGCAAGAGAGAACUACUUAUCACACACGUGUUGGCCAAUUACAGUUUUCAUAAUACUUUGAGUUAUUCAUUGUAAUCUGGCAGUAGUAAUAUGUGCCUCCAUUUGAAAUGAUGUUGCAAGAAUGGAAUAUUAUCUCCAGACACAUCUGCAGUGGAGCUAUCCACUGGUGACUUAAGACAAUAGUAGAAGACCGUUUCAAAGUUCUUUGUAUGAUAGUGUACAAAUACCGAAGUUGCUGUGAUGAAUACUGAACUUCAUUGUGAAUGUUCAAAAACAUUCAUUACUUUAUACUACUAAACAUUUAGUAACCUUUUAUAAAUGGGCUUUGAGUGCUCUGGGUAGUUAAUUAUGCAGUACGUUUAACACAAAUUGUAUAAAGUGUUUAAAACUAUUAAUUGAGUGUUAGUUAAUGUGGAGCUUGUUAGGCCAAUCUGUGAAAUAACUAGCUGUUUAUAAAAAAUAUAUAUAUGUACAGUAUACACAAUACUGAAUGACAGGAGACUGUUGUUGAAGAUACCUCACGGCACGCACACAUCCUUGAUACUCAAGGGAUCUUAUUUUGAAUUCAGCCAAAGUUACUUAAAAUACUCGGUACUUUGAGAAUUGCAAGACACUCUGUAGAUAAGGUUAAACUUAAGCUAAAGAAGGCACUGAAUGAGAAAUGAAGUUUGUGUUAUGUGUAUCUGACGAGGAAGAUGCUAGUCAUUGCUACUGUAUAUGUUUAAUUUAUAUUUUUGCCCUAAAGUGCUAUUUUAUAUUUGUUUUAAUUAAUCGGUUAAAUUAGCUAUUAUUUAAUAUGUUUUCUGCAGUGUAUAAUUAAAAAACAUGCAAGUAUAUACUGUAUAUACACAUGAAAACACACUAGCACUGAAGUGGAAUUUGAGAGACCUACAUACCAAGUCCAAUUUUUUUAGGUUAAAAUCAACCCAAUCUUUAAAAGGAGCUGAAAGGGGUAUAGUACUGUUCUUUUUUAUUGCACACAUUUCCAAUUACAGUACUAUAAAGUAUUAUACAGUACGUACCUGUAUGUGAAAAUGGUACCAAUUACUCAUAACAGUUGAACUAAAGAUUGUAGAGCCCAUGUACAUAAUUUCAAUGGUGUGGUUCAGUUAACCCUAAAAUACUGCUACAUCAAGUAGUCUCAGAGUUAGAAGCAGCAAUGUACAGUACUGUAUUCAUGGAUGUUCUGGCAUCUUUUAAUAGGCUGUCAUUGCUGAAUGGUAAGAGAGAACUUUUAUCUUGGCAGCAGGAUAUCACAAGAUCUUGGGUCUGUAUACCACUGAGUGCUAGUGUGUCUUCACAUACAGUGCACUAUGUUACAUAAUACAGUCAUGUUUAAAAGUGUAUGUAUAUAUAUAUAUUUGUGUGUGUGUAUGUGUGUGUGUGUGUAUUUACCUAAGUGGAAUUGCCUAAGUUACAGGAUGAGAGCUAUACUCGUGAUGUUCUGUCUUCCCAGAAUGCCAUGUGACGCUUUGAAACAAUUGACAGCUUUGGCCUCCAUCACCUUCUCACUUAACUUGUUCCAAUCAUCGACCACUCUGUUUGCAAACGUGAACUUUCUAAUGUGUUUUUAGCAGCUUUAACCUAACCUCUUGCUCUUGAAGUUGCAGUUUUCAAAUAUAUUUCUUUGUCAAUUUUGUCGAUUCCUGUUACUAUUUUGUACAUUGUGAUCCUAUUCCUUUUCCUUCUAUCUUCUAGCUUUU